CGGAGCUCCGUGUACGGGAUCAGUUACGGCGGGUUCGUGGCGUAUCGGAUGGCGGAGAUGUACCCGGAUGCGGUGGAGAGGGUGGUGAUCGUGAAUAGCGGGAUCGCGUCGACGGCGGAUCAGAGGGCGGAGCAGAUGGUGCGGCUGAAGAAGAUGGGGCGGGAAAACGCGGUGGACGUGUUCUUGCCGGCAAAGCCGGACGAUCUCCGGCUGUUGGUGAAUCAGUCAUUCAGCAAGUGUGACCCGCUCAAGUGGGUCCCGGAUUUCAUCCUCCGGGAGGUCAUCACUGUGAUGAAUUCAAGGCCGAGAUUUGAAAAGAGUUGAACAUCUUCUUUCACAAGCUGCUCCCGUGUGAGAAUACAGAGGAACAAAGAACUGGAGCUGAUUAUAAAGGUAUUGCAGUGAUGAGGGAGCAAGGACCGGAUAAUGCCAUAAAGGCGCUGGAGUUUGUUGUUUUAAGGAAUUACGGGUGAUGUACACUCCUAACAGGAAAGAGAGGGAAGAGCUACUGGAUUACUUGUUGACCAAUAAAGAUCACAGCGCUCAUCGUCCCCGUCGUAUUUCUCAGGAAGCGCUGCUCGUUUGGGGUGAGUCGGACAAAAUUUUCCCACUGGAAUUUGGUCAGAUGUUGCAGCGAUACUUGGGUGCCAAUAAAGCAAGAUUGGAAGUGAUAGAGAGAGCUGGACAUGCUGUUAACUUGGAAUCUGCUUCAUCUCUCAACUCUUUCAUAAAGACUUUUCUUUUGCACAGUGAUUCCCCUUGUCAGGAAGCUAACUACAUCAACUUGGCUUAAUUAAAGACACAAUACAUUAGUGAAAACGGGACAUACAAUUUUAUUACAUUAGUCCUUGCCAUUCUUAAUGUAAUUCUUUGGAUGAUCAUACCAUAGAUAAUAGGUUUGGGAAUAGUUGAAGUAAUCAAUUAAUGGUGAUA